UUGAAGUGGAACAAGUUGUAUUUUUAUUAUUAUUGGGCAGUUGAGAUAAUUUUCGUGUGUGAAAUUAUUUUGUAAACUUAUUAGAUUUUCUUAUAGGCACCUUACAGCAAUAUGUGUCCGAAAGAAAAGCCGAAUCUGCUGCCCGAUUGCCAAAUUGCUAAUCGUGUGUUCAUGUACUCAUUGCUUCAUUCGAUGGCUACUGAGGAUCGAUGUCCGUACGAGGUGGAGGCGGACUUGCGCGAUCGCUACGAAGUUUUCCGUCAGGUGCUGCCCAAUUAUCCGGCACCACUGCAUUCCGACACCGAAUCACGGUUCUUCUACGACAUCAUUGAGGAUGACUUUGAUGAACUGGCCCUCUCAAACGUCCCCAGCAGCAGCUCCAUGCAGUGUAAUGCGCCCAGCAGUGGGGGUCAGAGUUUGUUGGGCUGGAGUGGAAGCAGCGACGGCAGCGAUUGCUGCAGCGAUGGCGGUGAUAACGAUGACUAUGAUGAUAGUGAUGUUGAACAAUGCCCCUCCGGCUAUUGUGAGUGCUAUCAGCAGGCCGUGAGGAAUGCGCUGGCAGAGCUGCGUAACAGAACAACCGUUAGUACUGAGGUGGAGAGUGAGGAGGAGCUUGACCCUGAGGCCCUGCUCUCUGGCAUUGAGGAAGGGACGGGACGCGAGCCAGAUCCAAAUUAAAACAGUUAUAAAUUUUUCUCGUAUUUCUUUGGUUCUAUUGUGACGUUUAUCAAUAUUCCUGCUCCUGUGUGUGUGUGUGAGUUCAUCUAUACAUACAUGUAUGUAUGCUUGUUGUUUAUUCUAAAUUAUUAAAUUAUUUUCCACUGGGUCAUGUAAAUGCCGUUAAACGCACGCAAAAAAAAGUAACGAUGAAAGUAAAAUUGGCCAUUAUAUAAAAAUGCCCAAACGGCCCACAUAAAAUUACAAAAUGAUUUUGUGAACUCACUUAUGUACAUACAUACAUAUGUAGAGGUAUAAGUACGUAAAACAAAAAAAUGUAUAAAUCGUUUUAAUGUGCGUUUGUCGCGCUUGUUUUCCUGCUUAAAAAAGUGGAACCACUGGCUUGGCUUUAGUCGGCCACUCGAGCAUUUGGACAGUGAAAUGCACGGCGCUUAUCAAAUAAAAAUGAUCUCAUUUAAACAUUUUAUUAUUACCACAAAACAAGAGAAAAAAACAAUUGCAUAUGAAAAAUAAAUGCCGCAUAGAAAGCUUCA